AUGCCAUUUUUACUUACAGACGGGUGCUCGCCCCCCGAGAGGCUGCAGGACGCGGAGCCCGAGGGGCUGAGCCCCGGGCAGGGCUUUCCCGUCGGGAGCACCGUGUCCUACGUCUGCCGACCCGGAUACAUGAAGAUCUUCGGGAAACCAGCAACUCGAACGUGCGGGGAAGACUUGCAGUGGUCACCCACGGAGCGGUUCUGCACGGAGAGAAAAUGUAAUCAUCCAGGAGAAUUAGAACAUGGUUUUAUUACUGUAGGAGAUCUUACAUUUGGUUCAAAAGCUACUUUUUCUUGCCAAAGAGGGUUCAGGUUAAUUGGAACUAGUGAAAUUUCCUGUGUAGUUAAGAAUAAAGGUGUUGACUGGGAUAAAGAUCUUCCUUUCUGUGAAAGAAUUCCUUGUGGGCCACCUCCAGACAUACCCCACGGGCACUACACAGCAGCAGCCAACUACGUGUAUGAGACAGCAGUGACCUACACCUGUGAUCAGGUGCCAAAAGGCUCAGAUCCCUUCUCCCUGAUUGGCUCAGCUACUAUUUUCUGCACUUCUGAUGAAAACUUAAAUGGAAUUUGGAGUGAACCUCUUCCACAAUGCAAAGUGGUCAAAUGUGAUAACCCAAAAGUUGAAAAUGGAAAAAAAGUAUCUGGGUUUGGAUCUUCCUACAGCUACAGGGACUCAGUCAGGUUUCAGUGUGAUCCAGGGUUUUUCCUGAUCGGGUCGGACAUCAUUACCUGUGGAGAAGAUAACACCUGGUCUCCUCCAAAACCAACUUGUGAGAGAAUUUCUGAAGAUGGAUGUGGUGCCCCAAAGAUCACAGCUGGGACAGUGAUUCCAGCUGAAUCUGUGUAUAGAAGAGGAGAAUCUGUUCAGAUCAAGUGCAUUGCUGGCUGCACUUUCCCUGAUGGCACUGGAGAGGUGACAACAACUUGUCAAGGACUGGAUAAAUGGAGUUAUUUGGAAAACUGUACAUGUGGGCCUGUGAGUUCUGGUUUCACUCCACACAUAGAUUUUGGUAGAGUAAUUGAUGGACAAAAACCUUCAUAUUCUGUUGGGGAUUUUAUUAAAAUUGAAUGUUAUGCAGGCUACACAUUACAUGGUGAAGCUCAAAUUCAGUAUGUUGGAGAAAACCACUGGGUUCCUGGAGUGCCAACCUGCCAGUUAAGUGCUUAUGUUAUUGCCAUCAUCUGUGUGAUCGUGGCAGUUGUGGUGUUCCUGGCAGCCUUCUGGGCCUAUAAGAAAUUCUUUUCACAAAACGGGAAACGUGACAGCACUCCCUGUACUGCCGAAUAUAAGAUCUGUAAAGCAUGA